AGGGAGGAUUCAAGAAGUCAGCCAGGGUGUUUGGCCUGAGCAGCUGUGAGAAUGGGGUUUUUAUUUCCUGAAGAAAAGGCAACGAGGAAAGGAGCACCGAUUGGUGGGUGGGUGGGCGAGUGUGUGUGAAUGAGAUUUAAACACGAGAGGCUAAGAAAGAGCCAAGUGGAGAUUUUGAAAAGGCAGUUGGAUGGAUACACAUGUCUGGGGUUGAUGGGGCGGGGUCGUUUGCGGGAGGUUAACGAAGAGGUCGUUUGCUGGUGUAUCUGUCCUACUCAGAAUGCGCACACUCAUGGGUCUCUGGGGCCAAGUAGGAAGCAAAAUGAGUAAGACGAUAGGGAGAGGUGAGGCCUGUGGUCAACUGCAAAGCACAAGCUCAUUUCGAUCUGGAGACAAGUGACAUACAUGCCCUCGCUGCCUGGUGGGUCUCUCGUGAAGCAGAUAUUCAGACCCAGGCCUGUGGGACCCCAGAUCCAGACACACCCCACUUGGCCAUUUCCUCUGAGAGGUAGGGUCCCUCGAGUGAGAGUGCCAGGAUGGCAGGGGCCUUGUCUCCUGUGUCCUGCCUCACAGACGGGCGUGCUCUUGAUUGCUUGACCGAGUGACUAAGCCCACGAAUGAUGGUGCGUUUGGGAGGCUGCUCGCUGAACUUGCCGCUCCCCGUGCGGGCCUCCCCGUGUGCAGACUAGGAGCGCUGUCGCUCGGUGUUUAGAGGGCUUUCCUGGUGUGCGGGGCAGGGCGGCAUCUGUUUGCCGCUGGGUGGUCAGUGGGCAUUGUCCUUUUUAUAGUUAGAAAGGGCGGUUCUCGAGUUAAGUGGGAGAAGGUUAGCAAUUUUUCCUUCUGCAGCAUGUCCUCACUAAAACGUGGGUAUAGUUUAUUUUACAUGUUAAGAUACAAAUUAACAAUCUGGAUUGCCUGCCACAAGAUGGUGGAGUCCGAAGGCCGCGUCUGAUGGCCGUUGUUGCUUCUCACUUCGCUUCAUGAUAACCCAAGGGUUCAGUGAUUAAAAACGUGUAUGAAUAAGUAAACAUACACACACGUGGGGUGUUGCAGAAGACGAGGAAAGCAGACAGGCUUGGCGGGUGGGGCUUGCUUUCAUGCCCAAAGUGAAGAAGUUCAUUGUUUCUUUGCCAUUUAUAUAUGGGAGCAAAUAUAUAUACUUUUAAGUUGUAUUAGUGUCCGGGACAACUGAGUUUUACAGUUGUGUGGCGGUGAUGUCCAAGACAGAAAGACUCCCUAGUGCCUGGGCCGCAUGCCGGUUCUGCCGCGCAGCCUAUGAAAUGGCCAGCUGCCUAGUCCCGGGGAAGAGCAGGAAGCGGUCCCUGAGGCUUGGUGUUCUGCCCUGGCACUGGCUUCGGGAACUCAGUGACACAGGCUGGUGCACAGAACAGCACGCAACAGCGAGUGUGUCAGCUGACACGGGUGUUGGGUUCACCGUCUGGAGGAAGUGGAAUAAAACGGCCAUCCUCACCCCACCUGGAACGUCAUGAGCUCCGGGAUCGAGACCCUGGUGGAGGAGCUUUGCUCCCGGCUGAAGGACCUGCAGAGCAAGCAAGAAGAGAAGAUUCACAAAAAGUUAGAGGGGUCUCCCUCUCCAGAGGCAGAAUUGUCCCCUACAGCAAAGGAUCAAGUGGAAAUGUACUAUGAGGCCUUUCCACCGCUCUCAGAGAAACCGGUCUGCCUGCAGGAGAUCAUGACCGUGUGGAACAAGUCGAAGGUCUGUUCUUACUCUAGCUCCUCGUCGUCGUCCACAGCCCCACCAGCCAGCACAGACACGCCGUCACCCAAGGGCUGCAACAGCGACGGGGAGGCCCAGAAGGAGAGGAGUGACGAGGUACCCGCCACUGUGCACGAGAAGGCCCUGAGCAGGAGCAGACACGAGAAGGAGAGCAAGUUCAGUGCCGGCGCAGCGGAAGAAAAGCCAACCUUGUACAGAAAGCAGGCCCGACACAAGCCCGAAGGGAAGGCCCGCCCUCGCUCGUGGUCUUCUGGCUCCAGCGAAGCAGGCUCAAGUUCCAGCGGGAAUCCGGGAGAGGGGAAGUCAUCCACGAGGUGUGUGAAAGUGAGACACAAGAUGCGAGAAAUCCGAAGCAGAAAGGGGCGGAACGGGCACAGCCGGUUUUCACUGAAGCACGGCGAGGCCGAAAGGAACACGCACGCGGGUGGCAGUGGCAGCAGCAGCAGCGGCGGCAGCUCCGGCAGACAGCUGUGCAGACGGGCCAAAAGACCACUGAAGGAGGUGGGCAGGAGAGACAUGGACGGCGCUGAGGGGAGGGGCCUGUACCCGGACAGCAGAGACGACAAGGAGUAUAAAGAGGAACCGCUGUGGUACACCGAGCCGAUCGCAGAGUAUUUUGUUCCUUUGAGCAGGAAGAGCAAACUAGAGACCACGUACCGAAACAGACAGGAUGCACGCGGCCCGACUGCGGAGGUGGUGGAAGAGCUGUCUGACUCAGUGCACGGUCUUUGUAUCAGCAACAGCGACAUCCAUAGAACGUACCUGGCGGCAGGCACUUUCAUUGAUGGUCACUUUGUGGAGAUGCCUGCGGUCGUCGGCGAGGAGCUGGACCUCAGUGGGACCUCGUUCUGUUCUCUCCCCGAGGACAGCAAGUACUUGGAUGACAUUCAUCCAUCAGAAUUAACCCACUUCUAUGAAGUGGGUAUUGAUCAAUCCAUGUUGGAUCCUGGUGCCUCAGAAACAAUGCAAGGAGAAAGUCGGAUUUUGAAUAUGAUUCGACAGAAAAGCAAAGAGAACACAGAUUUUGAGGCAGAAUGUUGCAUAGUGUUAGAUGGCAUGGAGUUGCAAGGGGAACGUGCAAUAUGGACAGAUCCGACCAGCCCCGCGGGGGCCGAGGGCCUGCUCCUGCAAGACCUCGGCGACCUGGCCCGCUUCUGGGAGUGCUGCUCGUCCAGCUCCAGCGACGCCGACGCUGAUGGGGAGAGCUUCGGGGGGGAGUCUCCGGUCCCACUGUCCCCCGUCCUAGACAGCGCGGCCCUCAGUCCGCGUGUGCUCGCCGGCAGUCAGGAGCUCUUUUCAGAUAUUAAUGAAGGGUCUGGCAUAAACUCUUGUUUCUCAGUGUUUGAAGUGCAAUGCAGUAAUUCUGUUUUACCGUUUUCUUUUGAAACACUCAACUUGGGAAGUGAAAAUACAGAUUCUAGUGCGAAUAUGCUUGGGAAAACACAGUCCAGGUUGCUAAUAUGGACCAGAAAUAGUGCCUUUGAGGAGAACGAACACUGUUCUAAUCUGUCAACAAGAACCUGCAGUCCGUGGUCCCAUUCGGAAGAAACACGGUCAGACAACGAGACGCUGAGUGUUCAGUUUGAAGAAUCCACGCAGUUUAAUGCAGAAGAUAUGAAUUACGUUGUUCCUAGAGUCUCGUCAAAUUAUGUAGAUGAAGAACUUCUAGAUUUUUUGGAAGAUGAAACUUGCCAGCAAAACAGUAGAACUUUAGGAGAAAUCCCUACGUUAGUUUUCAAAAAAAAAUCUAAACUAGAAUCUGUCUGUGGUAUUCAGCUAGAACAAAAAACAGAAAGCAAAACCUUCGAAACCACACAAGUGUGCGGGGAAGGCGGUCCACGUGGAGGGGGCUACAGCUCAGGGCUUAUCAAAGACAUUUGGACAAAGAUGGCAGAUGGAACUUCGGUGGCUAUGGUAGAAGUGGAGAGAGUCGCCGACGAGCUGUUUUCCACAGAUGUAACUAACUACCGCUGCUGCUUGGACGCGGAGGCUCCAGUGGAGCCCCUGGAGGGGCCCAGCAAGGCUGUGCAGAGGUCCGAGUAUCACCUGUGGGAGGGGCAGAGCGAGGACCCGGAGGAGAGGGCCUUCGCGUCCAGCGAGCUCUCCAAGGUGGACGGCGGUGACUACACCACGCCCUCUAAACCAUGGGACGCUGCCCAGGAGAAGGAGAGCGCAUUCAUUCUGGGAGGGGUUUACGGAGAACUGAAAACCUUCAGCAGCGACGGGGAGUGGGCCGUCGUGCCUCCCAGCCACGCGAGGGGAAGCUUGCUGCAGUGCGCAGCCGCCGACGUCGUGACGAUAGCGGGCACGGACGUCUUCAUGAGCCCGGGGAGCAGUUUCGCUCCCGGCCACAGGCAGUUGUGGAAACCCUUUGUGGCGUUUGAACAGAACGACCAGCCGAGAAGUGGGGAAAAUGGAUUAAAUAAGGGAUUUUCUUUUGUCUUCCAUGAAGACUUACUAGGACCUUGUGGUAACUUUCAAGUUGAAGAUCCUGGGCUUGAGUAUCCACUCUCUUCCUUCGACUUAAACAGUCCAUUCUCACAAGUUCUUCACGUGGAAUGUUCAUUCGAGCCCGAAGGGAUUGCAUCUUUCAGCCCCAGUUUUAAACCGAAAUCCAUCCUCUGCUCUGACUCCGACAGUGAAGUUUUUCACCCCAGGAUAUGUGGCGUCGACAGAACACAGUACAGGGCUAUUCGGAUCUCUCCUAGGACUCACUUUCGCCCCAUUUCUGCAUCUGAACUGUCCCCAGGAGAAGGAAGCGAGUCGGAGUUCGAAUCUGAGAAAGACGAAGCAAGUAUUCCCAUUCCUUCUCAGGUUGAUGCCUUCGAAGGUCCACAGGCAGAUCUCAAACCACUGGAGGAAGAUGCAGAGAAAGAAGGCCAUUACUAUGGGAAAUCAGAGCUGGAGUCUGGAAAGUUCCUCCCCAGGCUAAAGAAGUCUGGGAUGGAGAAGAGCGCUCAGACGUCACUGGAUUCGCAGGAGGAGUCUGCUGGGGUCCCGCCAGGAGCAGGAGGUCAGAGCCCGUGUCGGGAAUGUGGCGCCAGCGACUCUCUGGAAAUCGGUGUGGAGAGCUCAGAGGCAGAUUGUAAAAUAAUGACACAGUGCGAGGAAGAAAUUAAUAAUUUUUGCAGUUGCAAAGCAGGUUGUCAGUUCCCUGCUUACGAAGACAACCCGGUUUCUUCUGCGCAUCUGGAGGAGUUUCCCAUAUUGAACACGGAUGUACAAGGAAUGAAUAGAAGUCAAGAAAAACAGACCUGGUGGGAAAAAGCCUUGUACUCUCCUCUUUUUCCUGCAUCGGAGUGUGAAGACUGUUAUACAAAUGCCGAGGGAGAGAAUGGGAUAGAAGAAUGUCCAGAUGCUAAAGAAAUGCCCAGUAAUGAAGAGCGUCUGUUAGAUUUUAAUAGGGUGUCUUCUGUUUAUGAAGCGAGGUGUACAGGAGAGAACGAAGCCGGAGCAGAGGCACAGGGCCCGGGCAGGAAGCUGCACUCCAGCGCCAGCUCCGGCUCCGGGGCCGCAGGCUCGGGCUCUGACGGCGCGGGCGAGUGGGCGGGCCCCAGCGAAGAGGAGCUCUUUUCUCGAACUCACCUCUGACCCUGCUGAGUAGGACGCAGUGUUUUUUGAAAUGGAAUGUGAUGGAGAAUCACCCUUUCAUGAGGCCUGUUAAUCUGAAACAACAACUUAGGUUUCUUCUCAGUUAACUGAGUCAGAUCAGUAAUUACCUUUCUCUUCUUGCUUAUUUUAGAGUUGAGAACAGCUAGCCUGUUGAAGAUUUUUUUUUCCAAGCUGUUAAAUCCUUGGCUCUUUGAACUAGACUAGACUGUGUUGUCAAAUCAAGGGUGGGCGCGCAUGUGCCCGUCUCAGAAGUGCCGCUGCUCCUUGCCCCAUCCCACCUGCGGCCACACCCUGUGGACUGCGGGCAGGCUGCGGCCACACCUUAGCAUCAUGGUGCCCGCCCACACCCCUCCCACUCUCCAGAGACUUGAGCUUUGGAACACAUAGGCUUCAUUCUUUAAGAACCGGGACAGAAACAUGCCCCCCUGCAGCGGAUCAGCCCCUUUCUGAAGGCAAGAGGGAGGCACGGGUGACUCUGCUGCAGCCCUUAUUCGCUAAGAUCUCAUGCACAUUGAAGUAGCGACCAUGGGGGCUUUUAGAGACUUAACCAAGUGCUGUGUCUCCCCUCCCAGGGUCUCCCCCGAGUAUCUUGGAAGGUACUAGGGUUUGCGACUUUACUGCUGCCUGGAGGAGCCCAGGGCUUGGGGCGUGGGCUGGUUCACGAGGCGCAGCGAGGUAAGAGGGCUGCCUCUGCCUGCUCGGGGACGCCGCUGCAGGUGCUCCGAGACCCCCGCCGGGGCUCUCGGUGGCGCUCUCACCAUGCUUGAGGGUCUUCAUUGCAAAUUAUGAUUUCCUCGGAGCCUACAUCGGACUGAAACCUCUAGGACUCAAAACCCUAAAUGUAUGACACGCAACAAAGGCCACCCCAUCACCCCAAAGAAACCCUGGCAGCUGCAGCUGCGCCUCCCGUGGCCACGACUGAGUGUAGUUAGAUCUCCUUCAUGUUUUCGAGAAUGUUCUGGCCAAGUUUUGUGUGUUGCGGGCUGGGGUUGGGUAGAGUAUCCAUUUCUCCCACACCUGAGUGAUUGCCCCCUGGCACUCGAGAUCCUGCCUGCACGGGAGCCUGGGGUCAGUGCAAGUCCUGUCGCUCCCGUGGCCACCACCCCGAACCUCUCACUGCUGUGUCUCAGGCAGAAGUCUGGAGGAGUGAUGUUUGCAAAACCUGACCAUUUUGAAUUGCUUUUCUUUUUUAACCAACUCAUUAAAAAAAAACAAACCCUAAUGUGUGAAAUCAGUUUCGCAUGUCUAUAACAUGAGGAAUGGCAGAAAAGUCCAAUGUGGAUGAGGUGGCUGUGCCACUAACUCGGCAGGCAGCCCACACGUGGCAGUCUGGGCGGCGGGCUGCCUGAGACACGCAUGCCUUGUGAGCUUCGGGUUUCGUUGCCUUUUCCUUAGUCGAUGACACAGAAAUGCCCUCCUAAGGCCGUGGAGUCGCCCCGGUUCUGUGUAUCCUCCCUGAGAAGCGACCGUGCCUGGCGCCAGGGCUUGCUCCCACGCAGCACGUCCUCUGACACUUUACAGUGGGUUUGUGUGUGCUCGUGUGUGUGCGCGUGAAAGGUUUUUUGUUGCUGUUAUUUAUUUAAAGAUUUUAUAAGGUUUUAUGUAUUUUCUUUCUUCCAGAGCUUCCUAAAAAAUUCAUUAGCAUCUGCACUGAAAUACAAUUUAACAGCAAAGGCAAAAAAGAAUUGGAUGUUGUAAAUUCUUAAAAUCACUACAAUGACGAUUGUCCUAGAAUCGUUGCUUGUGUAGCAGAGACCAAAUCAGUAGAUUUCAGACACCACCUUGAGCUCAGCUGACCUUGGGCAGAGGGGGCGGCAGGUGGUGGAGGCGCAGACUCCCUGCCGCACUGAUGGAAGACGCCUGCGUCUUCCGCGGGGAUGGGGGUACACAGGGCAGGGGGUUAGCAGAUCAUGUAUUUAUUUGUUUUCGUAGCUGGCUGGCUGAAGCUCAGAGGCUUUAGCAACUGAGUUGAAAGUGUUUUUAGUUCUGUGAAUGGAUGAUCACAAAGAUAAAGCAUUUUUCAAAAAGUUGGCGAACCGCUGAGACGCACUGUGGUGUGACGGGCGCUGCAGGCCCGUCGCACUGACGUGUCCGUUUCCAUUCCCGGCCUGAGACCUUCCGUGGUUGUGUUGUUCUGAUUUCACGUACACCGGAGUAACUGAUUUUUGUUUUCUUGUGGAGUUAACACCAAAAUAAAAGUUUGAAAAACA